CCGGGGAGGGAUGGCGGAUGAAGUGCAAGCCUGCGGCCAAGGGAGGGUUAAAACCGCGCUUGGGCUGAAGGUGGCGAGAAAAGUUCAGGCUUUCUUUCAGGGGUGGGAGAAAGCGCUGACGAGAUUUGUGUUUGAUCAACUUGGCGCUUUAGCUUCUGUAAGGGAGAGACGCUCAGAGGAAGAACCAGGAUCCCUGGGCUGCAUAAACAAGGAAAGCAGGAGUCCAUCUAAGCAAAGCUGGAAGGAUUUCACCUUGUUGCUAUUUGUUUUGGGAUAUUUUCCGUCCCCUCCGCCCCGAACACUAUCCAGCUGAGGGUUCGUUUCGUUACUACGUCCACAGCCGGCCAGGGGGGAAAAGAAAAAAGCGCGCUUUACAUGUUAGAGGUGAUUUUUGGUGAUUUUUGUCGUGGUUUCCCUGCAAGAAAGAGAUCAGCAUCAAUCUUCGAGAAGGAGGGAGAUAGGAUCAACUGAGGUUUUCCUUACCUCCGGCUGAACGUGAGAGUUCAAGUGACAUCGCCACUGGCCUGUGGCUGGCUGACUACACAGCGAGCUGGAAUCACAGCCAGAGCUGCUCAAUUUACCUGCUCGAGGACCCUUCAAACCCUUCUAUUGACGGUAGAGAUUUGUAUCCAAAGGAAAAUCGGAUUAAUAUAAACUAUGCAGAGCUUUGCGGGGAUAUCUGGAGACUACUCUGUCUGCAUGGCUAAUCUUGAAAUUGUCUGAAAUAAAUCCGUAGCGCAAGGAAUAGCGAGACACUUUCAAUUAGGAGGUUUUUUUCUUUGCUUUUUUUUUUUUUUUUUCCUGCCUCUACGAGAAUUUAACACUUCCUUCGCAAGGCUUUUACAGGAGAAUGGGACACAUGCUGGAAAACUCACCACUCCUCAUAAACAUCACGGGGGCAGCAGUUUCCAUCAUCGUUGCGGUAUGAAAGGUACUCUUUGGAUUGUCUACUGGUGGCUGAGAUGGAUCAGUUGUUCUCUGUUUCUGUUCGCUGUGUGCUGAAGGAUCCGGAUUUACCGAAAUACUGACGCCGAUAAACUUACUCCCUCUCUGUUGAAAGCAUUGGAUGUGACAGUGCAGAGCAGACAUGUGUUUCACAUUUCUGACGGAUUGUUUUGGUGCAGCCAAUGCCUCCGCAAGAAACAUGGACUUAGGUGGCGAUUAUCAUAGAGAGAGGCACACGGAGCGCUGCUUUCAUGUUGCUUGCAAAGUGAGCACAAAUCAAAGAGCCCGCCGUUCCUCUGAAGUGGGGGCUCCAGUUCCCCCUAAACUCUGGGGGGAAGGAAGUGGGCGAUUCUCCCACCCCCCCACAGAGAGCCCGGCCUCGGGGUGCGGAGUGAGCAAUGACCACGGCGCUGUCAGGAGUGGCAGGCAGCCGGAUCGGAUGGGGAUCAGUGAAGCAACAACGGCUGAAAGAAAGGAGGAUCGCGAAAUUGUUGCCCGAAGGAAUAGCAGGCGAGGUGGAAUGAUGAUAAAGUUAAACUUCUAUUUCAUCUUCUGUCGCGGAUGGUGGGCGUUUCUGUUGCUUCAGCUCCACAUGUUGCAAGCACUGGCACAAGAUGACGUCCCACCAUACUUCAAGACUGAACCAGGCUUGCCCCAGACACACUUGGAAGGAAACCGACUCGUACUUACGUGCCUUGCAGAAGGCAGCUGGCCCUUGGAAUUUAAGUGGUUACAUAAUGACAGUGAAAUAACUGCUUACUCCAGUGAAUAUAAGUACAUCAUCCCAGCUUUGCAGAGAUCUGAUGCUGGCUUUUAUCAGUGUGUCGUACGGAACAGGAUGGGAGCAUUGCUGCAAAGAAGAUCUGAAGUUCAAGUAGCAUACAUGGGAAAUUUCUUGGACACAAACCAGAAAAAAACAGUGACUCAAGGACAAGCUGCCGUUCUAAACUUCCUACACAUACUCAGCUAUCCAAGACCACAAGUGACGUGGUUUAGAGAUGGACACAAGAUUAUACCAAGCAGCAGAAUAGCUAUCACACUGGAAAAUCAACUGGUGAUUCUUGCAACAUCAGUGACCGAUGCUGGAGGCUACUAUGUCCAAGCAGUCAAUGAAAAGAAUGGAGAGAACAAGACAAGUCCAUUUAUUCAUCUCAACGUAGUGAGUGCCGUAGACCCGUCAGACACUGUGGCUCCCGUCAUUGUAAUCCCCCCGCGGAAUACCAGCGUUGUAGCAGGGAGCAGCGAAAUCACCCUGGAGUGUGUGGCCAAUGCAAGACCUCUUGAGAGACUAAGCAUGACCUGGAAGAGAAACGGAAUUCAGAUCACCAGAGGCAUUAGCAGUUUUGGGAGACGCCUCACUAUCACCAACCCAACCUCUGCUGAUAUGGGGAUGUACUUCUGUGAAGCAAAAUUGAGAGACAGCACUGAGGAGCCCUCAAGAGCGAAAGCCUUCCUUUCUAUAAUGGAACCACCAUAUUUUACGUCUGAACCCGAGAGCGUCAUUUUGGCUGAAGUGGAGAAAGACGUGGAUAUCCUGUGCCAGGCGAUGGGGGUUCCCAUUCCCACCCUGGUCUGGUAUAAGGACUCUGUUCCCCUCAGCAAGCUGGAUAACCCCCGCUACAAAGUCCUGCUCAGUGGUGGGCUACGGAUCCACGCUCUGCGUCCUCAGGAUGCUGGAAUCUUCCAGUGUUUUGCUAGUAAUAAAGCUGGGGAGAUACAGACAUACACCUACCUGGAUGUGACUAACAUUAAACCAGCAUUUAUACAGCCUCCAGAGGAUACCACUGUUACAGAGGGAAUGACUGCAGUGCUAACCUGUGAAGUAUCAGGGGCUCCAAAACCUGCCAUCUCAUGGAAAAAAGGAAACCAGAUCUUAGCCAGUGGCUCAGUUCAGAUUCCUCGGUUCAUUCUUCUUGAAUCUGGAGGGCUCCAGAUAACACCCGUCUUCCUUCAGGAUGCUGGCAAUUAUACUUGCUGUGCAGUCAACUCUGAAGGAGCUCUGAAUGCUUUUGUGGCGCUGACAGUAUGGAAUCGCACUUUCAUUGUUCACCCCCCUGAAGAUAGCACUGUGAUCAAAGGAACCACAGCCACCCUGAGAUGUGAAGCAACUCAUGAUCCUAGAAUUUCAAUCAGGUAUCUUUGGAAGAAGGACAACAUUGUAAUAAAUCCAUCCAGCAGUUCCAGGAUCACAGUAGAGAAAGAUGGAACCCUCCUCAUCAGUCAGACGUGGUCAGGUGACAUUGGAGACUAUACCUGUGAGGUCAUUUCUUUUGGAGGAAAUGACUCCAGAAUGGCUCGACUAGAAGUGAUUGAGCUGCCUCAUUCCCCUCAGAAUCUUCUGGCCACUCUAAAUUCCUCAUACAGUCGCAGCGUGAUGCUCUCCUGGGUGCGUCCCUUUGAUGGAAACAGCCCUGUUCUCUACUACAUGGUCGAGCUCUCUGAGAACAAUUCUCCCUGGAAGGUUCACCUGUCAAAUCUUGACCCAAAGAUGACCAGUGUCACUGUGAGUGGACUAACUCCAGCCAGAACCUACCAAUUUCGUGUGUGUGCAGUUAACCAGGUGGGAAAGGGCCAGUACAGCUCUGAGACCAGCAGGCUGAUGCUACCAGAGGAGCCUCCCAGUGCCCCACCUAAAAACAUAGUGGCCAGUGGGCGCACCAAUCAGUCUAUCAUGGUCCAGUGGCAACCUCCUCCCGAGAGUGAACAUAAUGGAGUUCUUCAUGGUUACAUCCUAAGGUAUCGCCUGGCCGGCCUCCCUGGAGAAUACCAGUAUAAGAACAUCACCAGUGCAGAAAUUAACUACUGCUUAGUGAAAGACCUGAUCAUUUGGACCCAGUAUGAAAUUCAGGUGGCAUCUUACAAUGGAGCUGGGCUGGGAGCUUUUAGCAGGCCUGUGACAGAGUACACCUUACAGGGAGUGCCUACAGCUCCACCACAGAAUGUACAAGUUGAAGCUGUGAACUCCACAACUAUCCAGUUCCUCUGGAAUCCUCCACCCCAACAGUUCAUCAAUGGUAUUAACCAAGGAUACAAGCUUCUAGCAUGGCCAGUAGAUGCUCCAGAGACUGUGACUAUGGUCACCAUUGCUCCAGAUUUUCAUGGUGUUCACAGUGGCUGCAUCACCAACCUGAAGAAAUACACUGCGUACUAUGCAUCGGUUCUGUGCUUCACCACGCCUGGGGAUGGACCACGAAGCACACCCCAGCUCCUGCGCACCCUUGAAGACAAGCCAGGAGCAGUAGGACAUCUGAGUUUCACUGAGAUUCUGGACACGUCUCUCAAGGUCAGCUGGCAAGAACCUGUAGAGAAAAAUGGCAUCAUUACAGGGUACCAGAUCUCCUGGGAAGUGUAUGGCAGGAAUGAAUCUCGCCUUGCCCGCACGCUACCCAACACGACGCUGGAGUACAAGAUCACGGGGCUGUCAUCUCUCACCACCUACACAAUUGAGGUGGCAGCUGUGACUGCAAAAGGAACCGGAUGGGUCACAUCCUCCACCAUCUCUUCUGGUGUGCCCCCAGAACUUCCAGGUGCUCCAUCCAACCUGGUGAUUUCCAACAUCAGCCCUCGCUCUGCCACACUUCAGUUCCGGCCAGGGUAUGAUGGCAAAACCUCCAUCUCCAAGUGGAUAGUCGAAGGCCAGGUUGGUGUACUGGGUGAUGAAGAAGAGUGGGUGAAUCUUCAUGAGGUGGAGAAUGAACCUGAUGCUCAGAUGCUGGAAGUACCAAAUCUUACUCCUUACACUCAUUACAGGUUCCGGAUGCGGCAGGUGAACGUGGUGGGUCCCAGCCCCCUCAGCCAGCCCUCCCGGGUCAUCCAGACGCUGCAGGCUCCACCAGAUGUUGUCCCCGGGAGCGUCACCGUGCGCACAGCCAGCGAGACCAGCCUGUGGCUGCGAUGGGUGCCCCUGCCCGACACACAGUAUAAUGGCAAUCCAGAGUCCGUGGGGUACAGGAUAAAGUUCUGGCGUGUGGAUACACAGUCUCCUAUCCUGACAAAGGUUAUUAAUGAUCGAUUGGAAAGAGAGUACACAAUUGAAGAUCUGGAGGAGUGGACAGAGUAUGAGCUGCAGAUCCAGGCUUUCAAUGCCAUUGGGGCAGGGCCAUGGAGUGAAGUAGUAAGAGGUCGUACACGGGAGUCUGUUCCCUCUGCUCCUCCUGAGAAUGUCUCUGCCGAAGCUGUGAGUUCAACUCAGAUCCUUCUGACGUGGACCGCAGUCCCUGAAUCCGAGCAGAAUGGUCUCAUCCUGGGUUACAAGAUACUUUUCAAAGCAAAAGAUUUAGACUCUGAACCAAAGAGCCAAAUAGUAAGAGGUAACCACACUCAGUCUUUCUUGCUGUCUGGCUUGCGGAAAUACGUCCUCUAUGAGAUCCAGGUGUUGGCAUUCACUCGGAUUGGAGAUGGAGUCCCCAGCUCUCCUGCAGUUAUAGAAAGAACCAAGGAUGAUGCUCCCGGGCCACCUGUGAGGCUGGUGUUCCCCGAGGUGAGGCUGACAUCUGUACGGAUUGUUUGGCAGCCACCAGAGGAGCCCAAUGGAAUUAUUCUGGGGUAUCAGAUUGCCUACCGUCUGGCCAGCAGCAGCCCUAACAAGUUCACAACAGUGGAGGUUGGCUCAACAGUCAGACAGUUUACUGCUACAGAUCUCACCCCUGAGUCAGCGUACAUCUUUCGGACAUCUGCCAAGACCAGGCAGGGCUGGGGGGAGCCUCUGGAAGCCACAGUGAUAACAACAGAAAAGAGAGAUCGACCAGCACCUCCCAGGCAGGUGAUAACCCCCCAGAGCAAUGUGUCAUCACGAAGUCUGUUGUUGAAGUGGGUCCCUGGAAGUGAUGGAUCUUCACCAAUACGAUAUUUUACAGUACAAGUGCGAGAACUGCCAAAUGGAGCCUGGCAAACCUACUCCUCUUCCAUCAGCCAUGAGGCAACAUCCUGCAUUAUUGAAAGCUUGAACCCGUUCACCUCUUACAAACUGCGAGUGAAAGCAACCAAUGACAUCGGGGACAGCGACUUCAGCACAGAGACCGAGGCGGUCACGACACUACAGGAUGUUCCAGGUGAACCACCCAGUUCUGUGUUAGUAACUCCCCACACGACUUCCUCUGUCCUUGUGCAGUGGCAGCCACCCAAAGUUGAGAGCCUAAAUGGCUUGCUGUUGGGAUACCGGAUCUACUAUCGGGAGCUGGAUUAUGACACUGGACCUGGGACAGAAUCCAAAACCAUCCAGAACCCUUCAGCUUUAAGAGCAGAACUCACACAAUUAAAGAAAUACAAGAGAUAUGAAGUACUAAUGACAGCCUAUAACAUAAUUGGUGAGAGCCCUACCAGCACACCAGUGGAAGUGUUUGUGGGCGAAGCAGCACCAGCGUUGGCUCCACAGAACAUCCAUGUAAACUCCCUUUCUGCAAGCCAACUGGAGCUCACCUGGGACCCUCCGCCUGUUGACAGCCAAAAUGGGAACAUCCAAGGCUACAAGAUUUAUUACUGGGAGAGCGAUACACAAAAUGACACUGAGAAAGUGAAGGUCCUUUUCCUCCCAGAGACAACUGUCCGUCUCAAAAACCUGACGAGCCACACGCGGUACAUGGUCUGCAUCUCUGCCUUCAACGCAGCCGGGGACGGCCCCAGGAGCAGCCCCUCGCAGGGCAGGACGCACCAGGCGGCACCCAGUGCUCCCAGCUUCUUGGCGUUCUCUGAAAUCACUUCCACUACACUCAAUGUGUCUUGGGGCGAGCCGACAGCAGCAAAUGGAGUCCUGCAGGGUUAUCGAGUAGUCUAUGAGCCUUUGGCUCCUGUCCAGGGGGUGAGUAAAGUGGUGACUGUGGAUAUUAAAGGGAACUGGCAACGCUGGUUGAAGGUCCGAGAUCUUACCAAGGGCAUGACCUAUUUAUUCAGAGUGCAAGCCCGAACUAUCGCCUAUGGACCUGAACUGCAAGCCAAUGUCACAGCUGGGCCAGCAGAAGGGUCUCCUGGCUCCCCUCAGGAAAUUCUGGUGACAAAAUCUGCUUCUGGGCUGACGCUACAAUGGACCGAGGGAGAUUCUGGAGAAAAACCAACAACCGGCUACAUUAUAGAGGCACGACCCUCAGAUGAAGGACUUUGGGAUAUGUUUGUGAAGGACAUUCCUCGCAGUGCUACCUCCUACACAGUCGGCCUGGACAAACUCAAACAGGGUGUGACCUAUGAAUUUCGGGUAGUGGCUGUCAAUGAAUUUGGCUAUGGAGAACCAAGUGUUCCUUCUGUGGCAGUAUCAGCACAAACAGAAGCCCCUUUCUACGAGGAGUGGUGGUUUCUACUGGUAAUGGCACUCUCAAGUCUGAUCCUCAUCCUCCUAGUGGUGUUUGCAUUGGUUCUACACGGUCAGAGCAAGAAGUACAAGAACUGCAGCACAGGUAAAACCAUCUCCAACGUGGAAGAGUCAGUCACCCUGGAUAACGGAGGCUUCACUGCUCUGGAGCUUAACAGCAGACACCUGAACAUCAAGAGCACCUUCUCAAAGAAGAAUGGAACCAGGUCUCCUCCUCGCCCAAGCCCCGGGGGGCUGCACUACUCUGAUGAGGAUAUCUGCAACAAGUACAACGGAGCUGUGCUGACUGAGGGCUUGGGCCUGAAUGAGAAGCCCUUAGAAGUGUCAGAGUCAGAGGCCACCGACUCAGAUUAUGAAGAUGAGUUGCCAAAGCACUCCUUUGUGAACCAUUACAUGAGUGACCCCACAUACUACAACUCGUGGAAGCGGCAGCAGAAAGGUGUGAAGCACCCAACAUCCUACAGAUACGAGGAAUGCGCCGCCAGUGAGACAGAACCCUAUUUCCAGACUGUCAUCACAACACAGAGCUCAGGAGGGGUGUACACCCCAACGGGACAGCCUGCACCCGGCUCCCGGACUCCAGUGACAGGGUUCUCCUCCUUUGUCUGAGAUGGGGCUGGAGGAGGCGGCCCAACUGCCAGAGGGACCCACAGCAGUGACUGUGUGUGCGUGACCGGUGCGGUGGACCUGUGGGUAGCUUCUCUAUCAGGGUAGAAACAGAUGGCAACGUGGAUGAGGCUGGUUUGCUUUGGUUUGGUUUGGUUUGGUUGGGGUUUUUCUUUUUCUGAAGACAAUCAACUCUAAAAAUCUGGAGCUGAACUAGCUGAACCUUUGUUUAAAAAAAGAAAAAAGAAAAAAAAGGAAUUCUGCAAAGUGAUGAUUUUAACCACUUGUGAAUAGUAGGGGUUUUUUAACUGCUUUUUGUAACACUGCUUCAGGAAGCAGCUCCCACACCCUUCUCUUCCCUCUUUCUUUCUCUUCUCUCCUUCUUUCUCUCCUGUCCUUCUGUCCUUCUGUUCCCAAACAAGAAGGUGAAUUCCCUGGGUGCAAUGAGUGACUUCGUGAUGUGAUUUGAAGAGAAAACAUAAAACCUCCCAGACUCCUUUUUCUUUCUUUUUCUCUACUCUUUUUUUCUUUUUUUUUAUCCCCCCUGUCAUCAAGGUCAAAAAGGAAAAUAUAGAAAAGGGAAAAAAUUUUAUGUGACAAGCAGACACACCUCCUCUCUCCUCAUUGCUGCUCCCUACUUUAGGAACACUGGGUGAUGAACUCAAGUUCAGAAGUGUCACUGUAUCUGCUGUAGGUUCACUACUGGUGCAUUUAUACUGAAUCACUGACUUGUUUGUCAUUCUUGUUCAAAUGGGACACGCUGCAUUCUUUAAAUAUUCCAACUCCAGGGCCUUUGGAUGAGGAGAUGGCUCAAAAGAGCACCGUAUGCAGCAGUGGGGGAAGCAAGUGGGAAAAAUUCAGAUGCAAGGUCAGUUUACUUUUGGUGUGGCUCUGAUCCUCGCUCAUGGACUACAUGUGCCAUUUGAAUUGGUCAUUUUAAGUCAAAGAAUACAACCCAGCAAGCAGAGCAAUUCUUCCAUUAAGAUUGCUGUGACAAGCUUCAGAGUCUACUAAUUGAUGAGGGUUUUGAUCAUCAACAUUAUCCUGCCCUGUCGAUAGCAGCUGAGCAUCCCUUGUCAGCCAGACUCUGCAGUGCUGCUUACUGGCCUGUAAAAAAGUGCAUGGUAGCUGGAUUCGUUUGAUUUUCAUUUUUUUUAGUACAAAGACAUGUCACACAAACUGGGUGACUUUUGGUGUCCACAGGUGCCUUUUAUUGAUUCUUCAGCUUCAUAUCAUGGAGAAGCAAGAAAUGUCUCCAAAUAAAGCUGACUAGGUUUUUCAAGCAUUUACAGGGUCAUGAUUUACCUUGUGCACGUUUACAUUCUGCUUUGUGCACUUGAAGCUACAGCCUUUGGAAAGAAGAGAGGGGAUUUUUAGUUUGUUUUUCAUCCUUUUGUACAGCUCCCUUUUUGUUUUCUCCUUUCCUUUCCUUUAUCUGUCAUAUUUAGCAGUGAGUUGUUUACUCACAAGGAACUUGUCAGGAGUUUAAAGAAUCCAAGUCCAGCCCUUGGAGCUAGAAGCAGUCCUGGAUAACCAGGCUUUUUGCUGCAAGAGUUUGAAAAGUGAAUUUGAAAGCAGACAAGUCUUUGCCACUCUGAGGUCUGGCAUUUCCUCCCAGGUGAGCGUAGGUUAGCCAGAGAAACUGGUAUACUGCCUCUUGCUAAACAUCCUAUUGGGGCAUGGUGUGGGCACUGUUCCUGUUGCAAACUGUCCCUGUCCUCUCUGGAGGGAUGCAGGACAGCUAUGGCACUGGGCGGACACCUUCAAGGCAGUCUGUUGAAGUCAAGCUGGUGUUGAUUAUAGUGUCUGCCUGUUCCUAUCCAUGGGGGUUGGCUAGAAGCAGCCUGGUGGCACCUCAGUUGAACAGCUGAGGUCCAAGGGCAAGCUCAGCUCAGCAGUUGCCUUUCAGUGCCCCUUGGAUGCACCAAAUGAUCUCAGAGCUGCUUUUACUCUUUGGCACUGCCUCUGAGCACUGCUGCUCUUGGUGUAUACAGAUUCUGGGUAGCUUUGGCACUGGAUUGCUGUUCCUCUCCAAAGGCUGCAGAAAGAAAAUGUUCAAAACCAAAAACUCCAGUGGGUGUGUUUAAGGGCUUUUGAGUUUGGGAUAAUGAUCCACAGCUCAUUAGAUGGCAAGGGAUAUGCAAAGACACAGGCUUGAGCCAAAACCCUGUACGCCUUCCCGCUCUCUGCACCUGGAUAGGAUGUAUGUGGGAUGGAGAAGGGGUUCCAAAGAGGGUGACGUGGAGCUGACUGAGAAGAGGAAUGCAAAGCAAACAAAAAACCCACUGCCUUCUGUGCACUUUGACUGUUCUCUUAAGCCAUAUGGACUUUGCUUUAAUUACUGAACCGACAGCAUUUGUUUGCAGUCUUGAGUUUUUUUGUUUCUUAGACAAAAUUAUCUACUUAACUUUCAGAUUUGUUUUCUUUCUCCUUUGUUAUUUCUUGCAUCAAACUACAGAUUUUUAAAACCUCAGUUUACAUACAUGUGACAUAGUAAUGCAAUUGCUGUAGGAAUUGCAAUAGCAUUUAUCCAACAGGUAUGAGAGGUAGUGCUACAGGAGGAGCCUUCCAAGGACCACUGAGGACUUAGGAAUAUAGAUUAGUAUAAAGCAGAUUGAACACUGAAGAGUUUACUACAAAGGAAAGCAUAGUGUCAGUAGCUCCGUAUCUCCUGAUACCAGAUCUAAAUUGGUGUAAGGUGCAGUGACUCCCAGGGGCUGAUCUGAUACCACACUGACCAAAAAAAGCAAGGAAACCAUGGGGAAUAAAAGCAAAUGGGCUUUGUGGCCCCUACUCCCCUGAAGGACAACAUGGGGAGCAGCACAAUCGAUAGAAAGCAAAGAGAAGAGACUAUUCCUUUUUUUUUUUCUCAGAAUCAUCUGCAACAAAAAAGCCUGAUCUUGCUGAGGACCUGCUGAGUUGGCUGUAUUGCCUUUUUCCUCUGACUUCUGCUGAAAUAACAGGUUAGAUGUGAUUCCUUUAGGACCUGUUGAUCUGAGCAAAGGCAUUUCUGUUCCAUUGCUGUCCACACUAUUCUUGUUCUUGGUUUGGUUUUGUUUUGUUUAGGAGUUGGCUUUUCUAACAUGUGGGUUUAUUUUACAUAGGCAAUUGCAGAGCAUAGAAGUGUCCUGCCCUUAUCACCCCAAAGAUGAGCACAGGGUGUGUGUUCUGCUGCCCAGCAUCUUGUAUAGCUACAUAUAUGAUGCCUGUGCCUUCUUUGUUAGUAUGUUGUUCUUGUAAAUAGGAUUAAUGGGUAGAUUUUAUUUACCUCAGAUAUCAGGUAAAUUGUUCUAUCUGGAAGGAAACACUCCAUCAGUUAGCAAGAAAACUCUCUUUCAUAGCUGUACUCUUUGGGAAUCGCAGCCUUGUAAUAUGACUUUUAAACAUUAGUUGUCCUGUUACAAUAACUUCACCUAUCAAAUCCACUUCUGUUCCAUCUUCUUGUUUAGAACAGUCUUGAAAAAAUGGAGGCUUAUAUUUAAAAUGCCUUCUUAGGAUACUUUAUUUGUAUUUAUUUGCUUUCCCAUGUUUCUCAGGUCUCUUGGUGGCUGUUAGUAAAACACAAAAACAGCAUCACGAAAUGACCAAGGGAGACAUUUCAGGGAACAGUUUAAUAGAAGCUCAUUUUUCAUGUAAUAGCCAUGGACAUAUCCAAUUUCCUGCAGGAAAAAAGUGUCCAGGUCUUCACUCCCCUCCCAGGGCUGACACAACACUACCCACAACCACCAGCAAUGCUCCCAGCACUCCGAAUGACACUGAACUUCAGCUUGUCCUUAUAAUACAUCAUUUGCACAAGUGCAUCUGUACUCUUCCAGCCCACUCUACUUAGAGCAUUUUCUCCCCAAAAAUCCAUAUCAUGCAUGAUGUAUCCCCCCACCAUAGACCACACCCUUGGAUGGAAUAUUUGCCAUUCCCAUCUUUUAAUGCAAUAUUGCUGCAUGACGAGUGCUGCUAUUCAGGUGAGAGGGAACAGGAGGGGGCACUGUUUUGCUUUCAUCAGUGAUAGUCUCUUUUUCCCCAAUCUAGGAGUUAACCGUGUGAAAACCCUUCUUGGGAUGGGUAGGGAGAGCACAGAGCAAAGGGUUUCAUCAGCACUUGCUAAAGGAAUCACACUGUGGCCAGUGAUCCCACUUUUGGAAGCAGGUGGCAUUACUAAAGAGAAGAUAAAAAAAAAAACCAUACAGAAAAAGAAAAUCAUCCAUUACCCAAAAGAAUUCUUUUUUUUCCUCUUUUUUUUGAAGGUUAAAGCUAAUGAUGCUUUGCAGAUUGGCCAACAUGUCAUUUUUCCUGCUUAUACCCAGGUAUCUGCCAGAAGCCAUUGUAGCAAUUGUUUAGAAUAAAUAUCCAAGUCUGUCUUGACAUGAGGAUACAUUUAUCCUUGUCAUUGCUUCCCUCAAGAAAUCCAUUGGGUUGUCCAAAGAUUAUCCAAUCUGCUCUCUAAAAAGUUAGGAGAGUGAGCUGUUUAUACAUACAGAGCACUGAUGUCUUCUCCCACUUUCUGUUUCCAGAUAAGCAGAGCAACUUGUUUAAGAAAAAUCCUUAAAUCCUUAACAAGGAAUUUAUUGUUAAACUGAAAAACAAAACAAAACAGCACAAAGCUCAAAAUCACACACCAAAAAACCCCCAGACCCCAAGAAAUGUACCUUUUUCAGGAACAUUAGAAAUCUUGAAGUUCUAGAAAUCUGUGACAUGUAAGACUUGAGUAUGAUCUCAAGACCUCCUAUCUUUAGUGAUCUCUUUUAUCAUUAGAAAUCAGAAGGGCACGUGCAAUGAGGGGUUAUAUUUGGAGAGGAAAAGCCAUCACAGAAGAGUCUAGAUGGGCAGGUUGUACUGCAGACAUUCAUAUAACUGGAGUUCCUGCUAGUUCACAUUUUUUAGGUUGUUUUUAUAAGUAUUUGCCAGCAUAUGUGGAGUCCAUACAUGAUCAUGGCAUUACCAGAAGUCAAGUGGGGAGAGAUAUAGAAUCAUUUAGAUUGGAAAAGACCCUUAAGAUCAUCAAGCCCAACCAUAAAUUACCAAAUUGUACAUUGCUGUGGUGUUUACACGAAGCCACGUGCAUGAGGAUGUGGUUGUACAGUAUCCAUUGACACCUCCUUAUGGAAGGCCACCCUUGAGCGCACCCUUGUUCACCCCAAGACUGAACAUUUUGGGCUGGGCAUGGGCCUUAGCUCCAUCUGACAAGUCAAAUCUUCAGUUCUUUGUAAUUUUGUAUUCCAUUUCUUAUCCACCACACCUCCACCCCUAGCCCUUCCAGGUAAAUAAAGCUGGCUUGCACUUUGUGAAGGUGUAAAGUUUGCCACUCCCAGUAGUAGCCAGCCACAACCAAUAAGCACACAGAUGACACAUGGGACAGGUGAGAAAUGUUUGAACAAGGGGUGAAAUACCAUCCUGAUGUGAGAUUCAGGCUCUGAAUCAGAAUUUCAUCUUCUCAAAGCUGCUACCUGACCGUUUUAAACAGCCCUGGAGCCUCAAGACUUGGCAGGAAAUUCAUUACUUUGAUGUUGUUUGAUCACUGUGCACUUCCUUGGGGCUUGAAUCGAUGGCUAUAUCGUAGUGUUUUCCCAUUUAUGUCCACUUCUUUAGAUCUGGGAAUGAAACCUUUCUUCUAACAUGACAUGAUGGUGUUCUGCAGAUGGGGCACCUGGGAGGUGCCACCAAUACUCUGCUCCCUUGACGUCCUUAAGCUCCUGGGAUCUGUAACAGUGCAAUGGGAACUCUUGGGUAGCAGAAAAAUGUAAGGAUGUUGUAUUAUGGUGAGUUUGUAGCUGGUCACUUUGCCACACUUUGGAUGAAGUCCAUUCUCUGAUUUGGUAUCUGCCAUCGGUUUAGGGGUAGGACCACCUUCCACAGCUGUGUGUUUGAGUUACCCUUCCGUGUACUACGGUUAUUGGAUCAUUGCUUUUAAUUCGAUGUCUCCUUGGGAAUUUGCCCUGGAUUUUUGUCUCACACCUCUUGUUAGCCUCACCUUCACCACUCCACUAUUUUAUAUGAGAAAGUUACUUCUUCUUUUGCAAACUUGCUUCUAAUUAAAAGAAACCCUUUUUGAAA